ACCGCCUAGUUGAGCUCGGCCCGGCUCCCGCCCAGGCGGCGGACGACGCGAAGCCUUGAGCGCCCGCCCCCGUCCCCCAGCCGCCCGGCAGGUCCGCUGUCGACACUGCCUCUGAGGUUGGCCGGGCCCCGUAGGAGGCGGAGAGGUUUGGAUUAGCAGACAGCCCUUGCCACUGUGCGUCCUCCACUCGGAGCUGUGAACGCUCUACCCGCGUCGCCCUGCCUGGUGGGCUGCAGAGCCAUGGCAACCGAGGAGAAGAAGCCCGAGGCUGAGGCCGCCCGAGCACAGCCCACCCCGUCGUCAUCGGCCACGCAGAGCAAGCCCACACCUGUGAAACCGAACUACGCUCUGAAGUUCACCCUGGCCGGGCACACGAAAGCCGUGUCCUCUGUGAAGUUCAGCCCGAACGGGGAGUGGCUGGCGAGUUCGUCUGCAGAUAAACUCAUUAAGAUUUGGGGAGCAUACGACGGGAAAUUUGAGAAAACCAUCUCGGGUCACAAGCUGGGAAUAUCUGAUGUGGCCUGGUCCUCAGAUUCUAACCUCCUUGUUUCUGCCUCAGAUGACAAAACCCUGAAGAUAUGGGACGUGAGCUCGGGAAAGUGUCUGAAAACCCUGAAGGGACACAGCAAUUACGUCUUUUGCUGUAACUUCAACCCCCAGUCCAACCUCAUCGUCUCGGGCUCUUUUGACGAAAGCGUGAGGAUAUGGGACGUGAAGACGGGGAAGUGCCUCAAGACCUUGCCCGCGCACUCGGACCCCGUCUCAGCUGUUCAUUUUAAUCGUGAUGGAUCCUUGAUAGUUUCAAGUAGCUACGAUGGUCUCUGCCGGAUCUGGGACACCGCCUCGGGCCAGUGCCUGAAGACACUGAUCGACGAUGACAACCCUCCCGUGUCGUUUGUGAAGUUUUCUCCGAACGGCAAGUACAUCCUGGCCGCGACCUUGGACAACACACUGAAGCUCUGGGACUACAGCAAAGGCAAGUGCCUGAAGACGUACACGGGCCACAAGAAUGAGAAGUACUGCAUAUUUGCUAAUUUCUCUGUCACUGGAGGGAAGUGGAUUGUGUCGGGCUCAGAGGACAACCUGGUCUACAUCUGGAACCUGCAGACCAAGGAGAUUGUACAGAAGCUUCAGGGCCACACAGAUGUUGUCAUCUCGACGGCCUGUCACCCGACCGAGAACAUCAUCGCUUCGGCCGCCCUGGAGAACGACAAGACGAUCAAGCUCUGGAAGAGUGACUGCUAGGCCCGCCGUGCGGAGGGACUGUCGGGAAGCCCACCGGGGUUGGCGAGAGUGCAGCUCUCGGAGGGGCUCCCGUGGUCCAGGCCCAGGGACCGGAGGGGCCUGGGCCUGAGCCGCCUCUGAAGACGACUUGGCUGGGGCGUGUCUCCCACUGGAGGGUUCUAGAAGUUGCUGGUGAAGUUUCUCGCUAAUUCCUCUCUCACCGUUGGGGAAGAGUUCCUAGUCUGUUUUGUGUUCAAAGAGAGUCAACAGAAAUUUUUAAUUUUUUAUUACAAAAAGGUGAAGUUCAA